AUGUCUAGCUGGGAGCGUGAGAGCGGACGGAGCUCCGGGGAUGGGCGGAUCUACGUAGGGAAUCUGCCGUCCGAUGUGCGGGAAAAGGAGCUGGAGGAGCUCUUCCACCGCUACGGCCGGAUCCGCACCAUCGAGUUAAAGAACCGCGGCGGUGCCGCCGCUCCGUUCGCCUUCAUCAGCUUCCAGGAUCCGAGGGAUGCGGAAGAUGCCGUGUUCGGACGGAACGGGUACGAGUUCGGCUCUUGUCGGUUACGGGUGGAGUUCCCGCGAUCUAAUAGAGGGCCCGGGGGCGGUUAUGGCGGACCUCGAGGAAGGAACGGCCCCCCAUCCCGGAGAUCGGAGUACCGGGUCCUUGUAUCAGGUCUUCCUCCAUCAGGAAGCUGGCAGGAUUUGAAGGAUCAUAUGAGAGAAGCAGGAGAUGUCUGUUAUGCUGAUGUACACAAAGAUGGAAUGGGAAUAGUGGAAUUUAUACGCAAAGAAGACAUGGAAUAUGCUUUGAGGAAACUGGAUGACACUAAAUUUCGGUCUCAUGAAGGUGAAACCUCUUAUAUUCGUGUCUGUGCAGAAAGAAAUGCCAGUUACUCACGAUCCAGAUCCCGUUCUAGAGGCCGUGAUUCUCCCUAUCAAAGUCGUCGUUCUCCUCGUUAUGCCUCCCCCUUCCGACAGUACUGA